UCUGAUAUGGUCUGCACGUCGUGCGUUCGUUCCUAUCCGUUAAAAGAGAUUUUUUUAAUCAGAAUAAAAAUGGGAAAAAAAUUGUCAAUAGGAAAGUGAAUGAAUCUUUGGAUCGGUUUUUCUCGAAGUGGAAAACAUGUGGGCGAAUAUUGGCACAGCAUCAAAAUAAAAUGGAUUAGAAUGGGAAACGCUUAACGAUAAAUUAUAAUGCAAAUUCAAUGACGUUGUUUCAAUUUAAUUAUGUUAAAAAUUUGUGAGAAAAUCAUGUGUAUAGAAUGUGUCCAAAAAUAGCAAAAAAUGUUUUAUUGAAAUAGAAUAUUUUAGAAGUCGAACCUGACAAUUCGUUCAGUGCUUCAUUGUGUUAAAGCGAUUCUAACCAGAGUUUUAUUAUCGAAAUAUAGAAAAGUUAUGGUAAAUAUCAAAUUUGCCCGUAUGGAAGUUAUGUAAUAUUCGCAAAAUAUGAAUUUUAAUAAAAAAUAAAUAAAAAAAAAGAAAAAAAUAUUUAGGUUUACCAGUUUAUGUAGUAUAUACCCACCUAGGAAAUUAAAUUACAUAAAAUUGGCCCAAUUCAAACGAAUGUGGAGCACAACCGUUGAAUGGAACAACCUUGAAAAAUAAAUAGCAUAUAUACAUCGUGUAUAGAAAAGCUCGUGUGUUAUAUAAUUUAGCAAAAUAUUGUACUCGAUUCGUUUUUAUGUUUAUUUAUUUCAAUGGAUAUCGAUACACGCAAAAAAAGAGUCUAUUGAUUGUUGAUGGUGGUAAUAACAAAUUUUUCGGUUUUUUAUGAAAAAAAAGGGAGAGAAAAAAUGCAUUGAAUUUUCUGGUUCAAGUGUGCACUGCGGCAAUAUAUUCGUGACGUUCAUACAGAUAAAUAUCACCGUUAGUUUACAAUGUCCUUGAACUGGAAAACAUUUUUAUUUCAUUCCGUGAACACUUUCUAAUUAUAGCGAAACUUUUACUAUUAUUUAAUGGAAAUAUUUGAAUGAAAAUAAUAACAGUUGUGAGGUGAGAUAGUGAAAAAAAAAUCUGUUGUGAAACAACAACAUAAAUAUAACAAUCCGAAAGGAGUGUAAUACAUAAUUAGUUUCUCAUUGCCAAAGUGCCGUAAUAGCGAAAUCAAAAUGGAUUAAAAAUAAAAAGUUUGGAGAGCAUUCAGUCGAAAUUUUAUGAAAGUUAAAAGUGUCUUCUUUAAGAAAACAGAACUUAACAGUCGUAAGAUUAUUCUUCGGAUAUAUGCAACAGAAAUCAUAAUUAAAAUGGCACUAGUGAUUGCGAAAUGGCCCAAUGCCAUAACAGCACCACUACUUCUGAGCUUGGUAUUGCUCCACAAUGCUAUUGCCUCAUCAUCAACAACAACAGCAAUAGGAACGAAAUCAGGUCAAUUGUGGCCCGGUACAAAGUGUGCCAUGUCGGAAUAUACGUGCACAAAUGGAAAAUGUAUUCAACUGAAUCAGUAUUGUGAUAAUGUCAACGAUUGCGGAGAUUCGAGCGAUGAGCCUAGGUUUUGUACCAGAUGUAAUCGCACGUAUUAUGGAAACUUGGGAGUUACGUACAAUAUGGAAUUACAUCGACCCAAGGAAGAUAAAAUUCCGUAUGUUUGUGAGCUGAAUUUUACUGCUGCUGGCGGACAACACGGCGAUAUAAUUCAGAUCACAUUGGAAAGUUUCACUUUGGGUCGUUUUAUGUCAUAUACAUUGGACGGAUGUCCCGAUGGAUAUUUGCAAAUAGCUGAAGCAUCACGAGCUCCCGUUGGUGGUAUGUGGUGCGGAACAUCUUGGGGACCAGUCGUAUUUUAUAGUGAAACAAGAACGCUCAUAUUGACCGUUAAACUUUUUAAAUUGGCAAAGGAUCAAAGUGGAUAUAAUUUCGACUUUCGGUUGCUAUAUAAAGUGUUACCGAGAGAAACAGCAGUUGUGCGAUUUGGUGGAAUAAAAAAUGAAGAUAUCAAACCAUGGCAGAAUACAACGCUACCGAAAAACCAUUAUAACGAUUUUAGCAAUUCGACAGCCCUAUCGGAACAACUAAUAUUUGAUGGUAUCCAUCACAUUUCAACAUACCGAAAUGAACAUCACACAAUAAAUGAUUUUCAAUUAAAUUAUUCCGAGCCAAAGUACUAUUUAGGCACAUUAAUCCAUGGAACGUAUUGUUCACGAAUAUUCAGUGAUUGUGAUAAAAAAGUGUGCCGUUUGCAGUCACCCAAUUAUCCAGGCGUUUAUCCGAGGAAUUUGACUUGCUACUAUGCAGUGCGACAGCAUGAGGUGCCGCCGGGAAAGCAUGCAUUAAUAACAGUUCGUCAACCCAAAGGGAAUUUGGUAUGGAUUCAAACGCAGACAUCAUCAACAAAGAAAAACGAAAAAGAAAAAUUUACGCCACGCAUCAGUACGUGGGAUGAAUGUUCUAACGUUCAGGAUAGUCCGAACCCAAAAUGGAACUCAACGGAUUAUGUUACAAUCUACGAUGGCUAUACGACACGUGAUCCGGUAAUUUUAAAAUUUUGCGGUGGCGGUGAAAGUGUCCCGUCUGCCAUUUCAAGUGGACCGGAGCUUUUAGUGGAAUUUACAACAUCCCCAUUUGGAACGUUUGUCACAUCACCAUCGAGUUUACAUAGUUUGAAUGGAUUUCAAUUUGAGGUCGAAGUAACUUUCGUUGAUAUCCAAAGUCCCACUUAUGUAAAGAGCAAAAGGAUGUGUGAGUUUUGGGUGCGAGGAACGGGUCAUGGCGUACUGGAAAAUCCAAGGCAUUCAUUAUCACCGAAUACCACAUGCUUGUAUCAUUUGCAGGGUACAGAAGAGAAAUAUCGAUCGAUCGAUCAAAUUCAAAUACCAAGACGUGGCAGCACACUACAUCAACCGAAUCGGUUUAAAGUUUGGAUUUCUAUACUAAAGUUUGAUUUGGCACCGAAGUUCGGUUUAGUUAACGAUGCGAGUACAUCGCUGCUCCCGCAAGAAGACUGUACCGGAAUGCUAAGAGUAUGGGAUGGUCCGUUGCGCGAGGCUCCAGUCUGCAAAGAUCUGAAUUGUGAGCGAGAUAUCAACAGCAAGCCAAUCAUCCACAAAUAUGGACAGAAUUUCACGAAUCUAAUAGCUCGUUACUGCCAAGGCAGAGUGCCUAGAAGUUGUGACCACGGUAUAUUUAACGAAACUCAUGGUCGACCGUGCACUUUACUCGAAAGCUACGUGUCGAGCAGCGAUUUCGUAACGUUGGAACUCAAAAAUACCGAAACAACCGUAUUGAGACCUCUGCAAUUCAAAAUGCGGUACGAAUUCGUUGAUUUGCACCAAGACGGAGCACCGAUUGGAACGGAGCAUGAAUGUAACAGGAAAUUCAACAGCAGCUUAAUGGAUCACAGCGACCAAGGCACAUUUCGGAGUACCAAAAACAUAUUCAUGUUUGGCCGUGGUGGUACACCAAAUUUAAAAUGUGUCUACCGGUUUGAGGCUCAACGUGACGAGCGAGUUCGAAUCGUGAUUAAAAGAUUGAACACCGGAAAGAGGAAAUGUUCUUCCAAAGUCGAUUUCGACACAAAUCGGUCAUAUUGCUUUGGUGACACCAGUGUCAGACUUGAGGUACUCGAGAAACACUCGCCAGAUUCAAAUCUAUUCCUUCGAAGCUGCGGCUGUAAUACCACAAACACAUCGGAUCUUCCAAUUAUUUACACCUCGUCCGGCAAGGACUUAGAGCUCCAUUUAAUCGCAACUAAUAUGACAUCACAAGACGAUCCCGAUAAUAUUUACUUCGAAGCCACAUUUCAAUUUAUCAAAGGUCCGUACACCUGUCGAGAGUCGAGACGGCGCAGUGGUCCAGGUGGUCAGACUAGUUUGGCUUUGGAAGACAUUGAAUGCAGAACACGGCCAUGGUUAGUGGAACCAACAUCGGGUCGAUUUUUGUACGUUCGUUUAAAUGGAAUUUAUUUGAGGAAACAUAAUCCGCUACAACACAAUUCUGUCAAUUCGAGCCGAGCGUUGUCGUCAAAUAAUUGUGAAACCAAGUCUCGAGUAGUGCUCACAAACGCUGAAGGUUCUUCGGUAACUGCAUGUCCGUUGAGUGAAAAUUCGGCACUCAAUGAUUACGUGGAAAUGUUCAGUUCCGGUUGGCAUGAUCAGCACAAUUUCAAAGAAUCUCACUUUUCGCCGGGAAUAUCUGUUGAGUACAUCAAUCCCGAUCACGAAGAAUACUCGUUCACAUGGAUGGAAAUGGUGCCGCGACCGCAUCAGGGUCUACUUGCUGAUUGUGAAUUCAAAUGUCCUGAAUUGGAUGCAUGUGUCAACGCCAGUGUAUGGUGUGAUGGAAAAUCGCAUUGUCCGUCCGGAUACGAUGAAUCGUUCACACAUUGUUCAGCACUGUUACGAUUACCCGCCGAAGUGUUAGCAACAUUAUGCGUAAUUUUACUGUUAUGUUGCAUCGGUUUUAUUACGUAUGUGUACAGGAAACUACGUCGAAAGUUCCGUGGUACAUCGAUACUGCAGACCCGUUUAAAAUCACUCAGUUCCAUGGAUACGGCAACAUUCGACGAAAAAGAUGUGAUUUGCUGACAAAGCGACAAUUCUGUACGGUAUGUGGAAGUGGACAGAGUCACUACUGUCUGACCACAUAUCGCACAGAAUUGUGAACCGAUCAAAAAUGUAUUUCCUGUUUACGUUCGCUAUCAGUUUUCGCACGUCGAAAAUAUUUUGUUUCGUUUGAUUUAUUGAGUUUAAAAAAGAAAAUUGAAUAAAACGGUAAAAGACUUAGACGAAGGACAUGCGCACAAGUUAUAAUUCGUUGAACGAAACCACCACGGUCGGAUAGUGUAAGCCAAGAAAAAGGUAUUUUAAUAAGAAAUGGAAUAAAAGGCGCCUUUUCAAUUGUACUACGUUUUAGUAAUACUACAAAAUCGAAAUCAAACUGGCUUUUCGUUUUUGUAUUUUUUUAUAAUAAUUGUCGGAGCAUACACUAACACUAUAAAUACUACACUACAGUAAUGAACGAUAUGACUCUUAUAAAUAUAUAAAUACUUCACUGCCUCUAGCUGCUAUAAUAAUAUUAUCCUUAGUGUGGAAGUAAAGUUUAUCUCUGUUAACUGUUGCCUAACUUGUCCGAUGUUUAUGUCUCAGUCACUAUUAUUCGUAUAUCCAUUGGUAGUGCCCCCACACACACAAAUUUUACUGAAAGUACGUCAGGGCUCAUUUUUCGGAAUUAUAAUUCUGAAUAUUCCGAAAAAUUCUGAAAAAGUUCCGAAAAAAUUAGGAUUUUUUCGGAACUUUUCGGAGAAAUUUUUCCAAAAUUAUUGGGACUUUUCACAAUUACUUGGAAUUUUCAGAAUUAUAUUUCCUAAAAAAAGGCACUGAUGUGCGAUCUUCUCUAUAAAUGUGCCAUCCGUCAUAGAUCUCUGUAGUUGAAUCUCGUUUUGGUGUGCUAUUUUAUUCCGAAAAAUCCGGCGUCUGUUCUCUAAAAGUCAGAGCAUUUGCUACAGAACACUCGCGUCGGUUUUUUAAACGAAUUUUGUAAGCAGACGUUCCUCAUAUUCUUGAUCCAGUAAGUUAAGAAAAAGCUUCGAAUGAGACAUAAUUUUGUAGUUUUACCUUCCAUAUUGGCAGGGACUAUUUUCAAGCAAACAUUUUCCCGCCCACGCAUAUCUAGCAACAAUUUUGCUGCAACAUCCAUCUUUUCUUCAGCAUGUGUCUAGUUGUUAAUACGAUGUUUGUUGCGGGUGUCUGCUUACAGAGAGAUCAGCAAGGUGAACUUAAAGUAAAAAAAUGUCACAAUGAAUGUUCAAAAAAUGAUACAAAGGAAAUUGUUGCUAGAUGUGCAUCGCCCUUCCGAAAGUGAAUCAGUUUUGGAACUUAUAACACACCGGUUGUUGGUUUCGUGAAUAAAAUAUGGUUUAACCGUAGCGGUAAAAGAUUAGGAAAGUCGGUACAUACUCAGAGUGUGUAUGUGUCGAAAAAAUCCGUUGCUUGAUCUAGAUCGGGUCAAUCGAUUUUCUCUCUAUCCUACGACUAACAAAACCCUUCGACAGUUUAAUUUUGAAACCGAAUUGUUUAAUAAAUUAAUUAAAUUAAUUUAGUUUUCAAAAGUACAAGGACCAAUAAAACCCUGCAAAGAUGAAAUGAAAGCGUUAAAUACAAAAUAGCUGUUAACUAAACAAAAAGUGAAACUCUAGAUGACUAAAAUAAAAACCCAUUUAAAUACAGUCAAUACAUAAUUAUAUAACCCAGACACAGACGUAAUUAAAUGAAAAACUUAGGAUAGCAAAUAAAUUUAAAGAAGAAAAAUUGUGAUUCUCUAGGUACCUGUAAAAAGGUCAAAACGAAUUUUUAAAUUGAAAAUUAACAACUUAAAUUAUAACUGUAAAGACUUCCUAUCUUUGAAAACAAUAUUAUAUAAAACACUACAAGCGACAGAAGAAAUAAGCCAAAACUUUUGGAAAGGUAUGAGAAAAAAAAAAGAAAAUGAUUUUUGUAUCUGCUAUUUUUAACCUAAAAACGAUAAAGUGAA